GAAUGUGAACAAGCUGGACCUGUUGAAGCUUGCUCCUGGUGGCCAUAUCGGUCGGUUCUACAUCUGGACAGGAGCGCGUUCCGCAAGCUGGACGGCCUCUAUGGAACAUGGCGCAAGGCCUCCACCCAAAGUUGACUACAACCUGGCAAUGCACAAGAUGACCAACAGACCAGAGCAGAAUUAUGAAGAGUGAUGAGGUCUACAAAGCUCUUCGUGCCCCACAGCAUCACAUUGCAGAAUGUGAACAAGCUGGACCUGAUGAAGCUUGCUCCUGGUCGCCAUAUCGGUCGGUUCUGCAUCUGGAGAAGAGCGCCUUGCGCAAGCUGGACGGCCUUUAUCGCAAAAACCUCCUCCCAGAAGCUGACUAUCCUGCCAAUGCACAAGAUGACCAACACAGACCUGAGCAGAAUUCUGAAGAGUGACGAGGUCCACAAAGCACUUGGUGCCCCACAGCAUCACAUUGCAGAAUGUGAGCAAGCUGGACCUGUUGAAGCUUGCUCCUGGUGGCCAUAUCUGUCCAGAUGCAGAACAGACAGAGAGCACCCUCCCCAAGCUGGAUGGUCUCUGGCACAUGGCGCAAGGGCUCCACACAGAAGGUUGACUACAAGCAUCACAUUGCAGAAUGUGAACAAGCUGGACCUGAUGAAGCUUGCUCCUGGUGGCCAUAUCGGUCGGUUCUGCAUCUGGACAGGGCACCUUCCACAAGCUGGACAUCCUGACGUACUGUAUGGCGCAAGGCCUCCACACAGAAGGUUGACUACAAAUCAAGGAGAAGAUGCUGAAGCUCAAAAUGAAGCAUCCCAAGCUGAAGCCUGCUGUUGGUCCCACCCCAAGGCCGAAUAGAGACCCAACUUGGGGUCACUAUAGUGACAAUAGACCUCUAAAGUACGCCUACAAAAAAGCUACCAUCUUUGCCCAUACGAGGAGAUCUGGUUAUGUUGAGAUUUUUCCCAUGGGAAAAUAAUAUGAUUUUAUAAUUAUCGUACCUGUUAAACUCGAGCUGGGACAGAGACAUCAGAGAUGCAAAAGUGUUGCUCUACAUAGUCCUCUUUGAGUGGAUACUGCCUUUGAGUGGAUACUGUGAUUUCUGGUACGUUAAGACGCCACACUUUGAUUUUUGCUACCCCAGCGCUAACUUGCAAUGCAACUUGCCAUAGGAAGUUAGCUUCAAUUAACACCCGGAUCUCCUUAUGUGGGCAAAGAUGUCAGCUUUGGGUACUUUCUGUAGGUCUAUGGAGGUAUUCCAAUGGUGAAAUGGGCCUCCCAAGGUGAAGGCUUCUGCUGUUAUCCACCCGAGCUGGGUUCAAAUUUGAGUUGAUAUAUGUUCAUAGUUCAUACAUUCAAAUAAAAGAUGUCUCUUAUAAAAUUUGCAGCUGGCUGUGUUAAUUUGGAGAUGUGGGGUGGAGAAAUAAUGCCAUU